CACUAGUUCGUUUCAAAACUGUUGUUUUUGAGUGCUAAUGGCAGGUAAAGUUGUGGAACAAGUUUUGUCCCAUUGUCUCGAGGAUCAGACUGUCAUUGAAACCACUUCUGUUUGAACUACUACGAAGUUAAAAAGUUUAAAUUGGGAUCAGGAGGACUGUCUUAACCAAAGUGUACAGAGCAUGAAGUGAAGGUUAAAUUGCACUUGUGAGACCAGCUCAUGUUCAUGGAUGCUAGAGCAUCAUCUGUGGUUCAAGAAAUAUGGAAAAUGGAAAUAAUGAAACCGUCUCCGUGGAGGCCAACCCUCAGCAGCCGAGCGCACAACACGGGAAAGAUCUAGACAGCAAUAUCGUAGAGUCUCUGAAGCCGGAGAGAUCCCUCGUAAUGGAGAAAAUCCCUAACGGUCACGUCAAAGCAGAGCUGUUGCCAAACGGAGAGGCCAUGGUGGAGGGUCAGGACACCUGCGGAGACAGCACCCCACCUCUGGCAACUCCAUCCCCGGGCAGCCGCCUUCCCGAUUCCCAUCCGAGCGCACAGCUGGAUCCAGGUGUGGCCUCUUUCUCUGAAAGCCUAGAGAAGUCUGAGGCAGCUCUUGCAGAAGGCACUGUUCUCAAGGGUGAUGCAUUGCAAUCACUCAGACUAAGUAUUCCUAUGCAGGAGACUGAAUUGUCAUCGAAAGAGCCAUCUGUGGAGAUGGAAAAUGAAGAAAAGAUCCGUCAGGAAGCUCGUCGGCGUCUGGAGGAACAGCUCAAACAAUACAGAGUACAGCGGCACACUGAGAGAAGCCGGCGUUCCGCUCCUAAGCGCAGCCCAUUUAGCACUUUAGACCCGGAGCUCAUGCUCCAUCCCGAGGGUCUCCCACGGGCAAGUACUGUCGCCAUGACUAAGGAAUACUCUUUCCUGCGCACCAGCGUUCCUCGUGGUCCCAAACUGGGAAGCCUGGGGAUCCCUUCCAGCAAGGAGAAGAAAUCCAAAUCAUCUCGCUCCAACAAGAUCCACUCUCUCGCCGACUACAGAACUCCGGAUUCGGACGCUAAAAGCACCGAUGCAUCUGGCCGGCUAGUUUCGGCGUCUGCCGACUCGUCGUUUAGCUCUCUGCAUUCCACCAUCAGCUCAGUUUCCACCGUUUCGGAAAUCAGUUCUGAGACCAAUGCUCACUCUGAAUCAUCUCAGCUAGUCAGAGACAACGUCUCGGAGGUGGAUGGAAGCGAAUCAGGUUUCAAAGCCGAUGGUAAUGACAGCGAUAGCUCGUCCUAUAGUAGCGUGUCUACUACAGGCACAUAUAAUAUGUUAGCUUCAAUAGUGAACCGGCCAAAGGCUCCAUAUACUGUCGAAGGGAGAGAAAUUGCUCCAGAAGCCAUGGGCGAUUUUCCAUCCCUGCAUGAAGUCCUGCAGGCAGCCACUGAAGAGAGGCACAUGGAAGAGCAGGACCUGGAAACGGAGGGCAGCGUGGAGCCUCGCAGUCGCAGGGACAGCUUCUCCAGCAGCGUGUCGUAUGGGAGUUCUGUGAUGGCGACUCAUGAUGAGAUGCUGCAAGUGCUGAAAGAGAAAAUGAGGUUAGAAGGACAACUGGAGUCUGUUUCCUCCGAGGCCAAUCAGGCUCUGAAAGAAAAGACCGAGCUCCAGGCCCAGCUGGCUACAGCGACUGCUCAGUUGCAGGCACAGGUGGAGCAGACCCAGGCCAGCCAGGAGAAGCACAGCUCCCUCACAUCUGAAGUCCUCACGUUACGCUCCAACUGCUCUGCGCUGGAGAAGGCCAUGGUGGAUCUCCAGGCCAAUCUAGAGGGGAAGAAUGCCAGCCUGGCCUCGCUGGGCAAUGACCUGCAGCUGGCUGAAGAGCAGUAUCAGAGGCUCAUGGUCAAAGUCGAGGAGAUGCAGCAGAGCCUGAAUACCAAGGACAACACAGUCUCUGAGCUGCGGCGGCUGAUGGGAGGCCUACAGACACAGCUUCAGCGCGUCCAGAGCGAGAGGAACGCUCUGCAGAGCAGACUGAAGACCUCGCAGGCAGAAGUAGACUCUCUACAGCAGCUGCGUCUCUGGUACCAGCAGCAGCUGACCGUGGCUCAGGAGGCACGCGUGCGACUACAGGGAGAGAUGACAGACAUGCAGACGGGUCAGAUGACUCAGAUCGGAGUGAUGGAAAAUCUAAAGAUGGAGAACGUUACCCUGUCUCACAAACUCACAGAGACGAAACAUCAGUCUAUAAAAGAGAAGGAACGGAUUGCUGUCCAGCUACAAAGUAUAGAGGUAGACAUGUUGACUCAAGAAGCGGCCAUCCAUCAAAUCCAGGAGGCUAAGUCAAUGGUGGAGGAAGAUCUUCAGCACAAACUGGAAGAGUUUGAGGAGGAGCGAGAGCAUCUUCUCAAACUCGCCAACACAGCCACAACACUGGAGAGAGAGCUAGAUCAGGUCAAACUCAUUCUCUCCCAAAAAGACGCCCAGGUGCAAUUGCUUCAGCAUGAGCACCUUGAGCUGAUGAAGCAGCUCACGAAUACUCAGGAGACCCUCCAAACCAAAGAACAGACCCUUAAUCAGCUGGAAGCACGUUACCAGGAGCUCCAGACCCAGCUGGAGGAGCUACAAACUGACAACACCGCUAAAGAGGAAACACUACAGUUUCUCCAAAAUGAGAAAAUAGUGCUGGAAGUUGCUCUGCAGGCGGCACGGGCUGAUAAGAGCGAACUGGAUGAAGGAGCGGAAAGGCUUGGAGAGGAAGUGCUGGUGGCGUCAGACACUCUUGACCAGCUUAGGCAGGAAGUGCAGGUUAAAUCAACCCAGAUUGAAGCUCUCCAGCAAGAGAAUGGCAACCUCAAAAAACAAGCACAGAAACUGAAAGAGCAGUUCAUGCAGCAAAAGGUGAUGGUUGAAGCUUACAGGAGAGAUGCCAGCUCCAAAGAACAGUUGAUCUCUGAGCUGAAGGCUUCUAAAAAGCGGCUGGUGGCAGAAGUGAAGGACCUGAAGCAGGAGCUGUUAAAAAUGGAGGGAGAAAAGAAGAGCGCAGAACAGGAACAGACUCGCCUGCAGAAGGAAGUGGAGAGAGUCCAGCAGCAAAUGAACGGUCUGGAAGCCCAUUUACAAUCCGUACAGACAGAGAGAGACCAACUUGACUCUCAACUGCAGUCCCUUCAGUUUGACCAGAGCCAGCUGGCAGCAGUGACCGAAGAGAAUGAAAAUCUGAGGAAGAGGAUCGAUCAAAUGCAAGAUGAAGCCAGAAAGGCUAUCUCAGAGCAGAAGGUGAGGAUGAAGCGUAUAGGAACUGAUUUAACCAGUGCACAGAAGGAGAUGAAGGCCAAGCAUAAGGCCUAUGAGAAUGCAGUUGGCAUUCUGAGUCGCAGGCUGCAGGAAGCCCUCGCCGCCAAAGAGACCGCUGAAGCUGAACUUGUCAAACUCAGAAAUCAGGUUUCAGAGGGUGGAAAUAGCCAAGAACUUCAGAUCAAGGUGGAGUCCCUGCAGGGAGAGCUGAAGGCAGUGAGCCAGAGUAAAGCCAUGCUGGAGAAAGAGCUGCAGGAGGUCAUCACCCUCACUAGCACUGAGCUGGAGGAAUAUCAGGAGAAAGUGCUGGAACUGGAAGACGAGCUUCAAGAGUCAAGAAAUUUUAAGAAGAGAAUUCGUCGCCUGGAGGAUGCUAAUAAGAAGCUUGUGCUUGAGCUAGAGCAUGAGAAAGGGAAGCUCUCCGGGCUUGGGAAAUCCCAUGGUGCAUUGCGGGAACAUGCCAAUAUUCUGGAGGCUGCAUUGGCAAAGCGAGAAGCAGAUCUGGUCCAGCUCAACUUACAGGUUCAGGCAGUGUUAAAGCGUAAAGAAGAAGAGGACCAGCAGAUGAGACAGAUGGUGCAGACGCUGCAGGCUGCUCUGGAGAAAGAGAAAAUAAAAGUCAAGGAUCUGACCGAGCAGGUGGCGGAGGCCAAGCUGGAGGCAGCCCAUAACCGCAGGCAUUACAGAGCAGCCAUGCUGGAACUCAGCGAGAUCAAGAAAGAUCUGCAGGCCAAAGAGGAGCUCAUCAGGAGCCUGCAGACCGAGGCUCAAACGCUUGCGGCUCAAGAUGAGAAGCACUCUGAAGAGGUUUCUCAUUUCCAGGAGGAAUUAGCUGAUGCUCACGCUCAACUCCAGAUCCUUCAAAAACAACUUGAUGAUGAGCUCAGCAAACAGCCCCUCACUAACCAAGAGGUGGAGGAUCUGAAGUGGGAGGUGGAGCAGAGGCAGCGGGAGAUCGAGACUCAGAAACAGCAGCUUGAGAUGGUGGAGCAGUGUCACCAGAGAGAGAUGGACACCCUGCAGGACACUCUUCAGAGGAUAAAGGUGGAGCUGGAGAUGGUGCAGGAGGAGCUCAACGGCACACGGAAGGAUAAAUUCAUGCUGCAGGCUAAAGUGGGAGAGCUGAGGAACAGCGUGAAGACCGUUCUCCAGCAGAACAACCAGCUCAAACAGGACCUCAAAAACAGCAGGCUCAGAAAGCGCGUUGAUGUAAAGGGAGAAUCCACCCCAGUGACUCCAGUAAAAAUCCCAGACUGCCCUGUUCCUGCUUCGCUUUUGGACGAACUGUUGAAACCCUCGGCAUCCGCCAGUAAAGAGCCUCUCAAUAACCUCCACAACUGUCUGAAACAGCUAAAGCAGGAGAUGGACAGCCUCCAGAAGCAGAUGGAGGAGCACACGGUCACUGUGACGUCGUUGGCCAGUGCAGAGGAGGAGCUCCAAAAACUGGGGCUUCACGACAACAGAAGUAGCGAUUCACCUGAUAAAGAAGAGAACGAAGAGAUGCAGCCCUCGUAAUACACAGAGAAUCCUGAACUUUUCAUUAUCUGAAGAGAAAGUUCCGUUUUAUCUCUGUGGGCACUUUUACCUUUAUUUACUUCUAAUCAGCUGCCAAUAUUUGGCUUUAUCCUUUCCCAACCGAGAUUGCUCGGGUGCAACCAACCACAGCUUUAUCUUCAGGAAUCAUUUUGGUGUUUGUCUAAUUUCACAUUGAACGAAAACAGCUGCUGUUCUGUUCCUCUCGCUUGUAGUUCACAAUAGUCGCCCACCUGUUGUUCAGCUUCAUCUCAUAAGAGGUGCAGAAAGAGGUUUGUGAGGGCUACUGCUAAGCUGCUUGGUCCUGCAGAAGUGAAAAACGCAAAUGUGAUCAACAAACAUCCAGGGCACCAGACUCCAGUGUUAUAGUGACCUAUUGACCCGAUUGGUCAGAUGAAUAUCCUACAUAUCCGUCUGGUUCUUCCAUUCCUCUGUGCCUGUGAAUGAGCUGACCUCUCAUUCCUCUCAUCACUGGACAGAUGCCUGAUGCAAUAUAAUGCAAAUAUGAUCUAUUAAUCAAUACGAGGCCCCAUAUCAAUCACGCAUUUUAGAGCACAGAGUCCACCCAAAACAGAGCGUUCUUAGAUCACGUCUAAAGCGAUGCUGACAACUUCCUGUCUACGUACACACUGUGUAAUGCUUUAGGUCUCAGAGUUCAGAUCCACUGUUCUUUGUGGGGACCUUAAGGACGUGCUUACAAUAUUACACUUCUUUCUGAUUGAAACUCAGGACCUGAAGCCCCAGGAACGUACGUGUGAGACUGGGAGAAAGUAUCAGAUCAUCCCAUCAAUCUUCAGCUAGUAUUCACCGAUGUGAGAUCUCAUAGAAAAGGCUGUCUCUUGAUAACGGCUGUCAGAAUCCGACUAGAUCUGUUUAGGGCUGCGCCUUCAAAUGAAGCCAAUAAGGAAACCUUUAAAUACUACUAAAAAUGUAUAGCUUGAAUGAAGUUUUUCUGUUGAGAGAUCUUGGGAAAUCAUGUAAAAUAGGCUGAAUGUGCUCUCGAAAGCGCUGUUGAGUGUGUUGUACGUAUAUUUAUAAUAUAUAUAUAUAUAUAUAUAUAUGAAAGGUGUUUACUUCUAUUGCACAACUGAUAAAAGAAAGCAAGCUUACUGACUUUCAGGUAUGGACAAAUUUUGCCUUUUUUUGCCCAAUAUUUUGUUGACUUAUUUAAAAACAUUUCCGCUUCCUGAAAUUCUCAUGGAUGGUUUGUCAUUACAGCCUUAAUUAUUGAAAAUGCGUGCAAAUAUAUUUUGAAUAAUGUAUUUUAAUUAGGUCAAAUAUUUCUGUCUUUCCCCCUGAUGUCUUGAUUUUGUCCGUGGAGCUGGAUUUAACCAUGUUAAGUGGCUUAAACUGUUUUAAGUGUGUUCUGAGAGGAUGACAUUGAUGGGUAAUAACCUGUAGACAUAAUGGGAAACCAAGAUUUACACACUCACAUGUACAUUUAUCUUCAAAGGAUUAAUACAUAUUCAGUGAUUAACUGAAAGCAUACUGCGUGUUAAUUGCUGUACUGACUAAAAGCACGAGUUUCUGUUCAGUGUUUAUAAAUAAGAAAAAAGUUUGACUUAAUUCUUUGCUUGCUCUGCAUUUUUAUGGGAUGUACCAUAUUGUGUAAAAAAUAUAAAUCAUUCUGUAAAACGA